UUUACUACAUACGGAUUAAAAAAAAAUGUGGAUUGUACAUUUGUAAUUUUUAAAAAAUGUCACUGAGGAACAGUUAAAAUUUGUUUAGAAAUAAAUCUGGUUUACAUGUUUACGUAUUCUAUGAUACAACGUACAUUUAAGUGUCUAAAAUAUAGUGCAAUAAUACAGCAUGAAGAAUACUAUACAAACAUUAACAUCUAAUGUGAGAUCAAACACUAACAUCUAAUGUGAUAUCAAACACUAACAUCUAAAUUGAUAUCAAACAACAAGAAAGGCUGAUAAACCAAAUUUGCAAACAUUCUGACUGAGGAGGAACAUUUGGACAUCAGUUCAAACUCGACAAGUUGACAAAUGUUUUGAAGCAGUUUCAACUAACUUAAAACCUGUACAAGUCUUUAUAAUUCAAAAUGAAUAAACUGGGCGCCCUUGCAGCGUCGCUUACUUUUAUAGCUUUCCUUAUUGGUGUGGUUGGACUUAUUAUACCGUUGUGGUUUACAACAGAGAUUUCGGAGGGUACGACAGUGGUGCACGUGAAAAAGAAGAUAUACACUGGACUUUGGCACACGUGUUCGAAGACAGAGUAUUCCGUAUCAGAUGAUUACGAGUGUGACGUCAUAAUUGACACCAAUCUUGAUACACAUGGUUUGAAAGCCGUUCAAGCUACAACCAUUAUAGGUUUGGGCGUGCUGUUUAUUUUGCUUGUUAUAUUGGUGGUGGAUCUUUUGUGCUUGGAUCACAAGAAGUGGUUAGCAAAAGUUGCUGGGGUUAUAGCAAUUUCUGCAGGUGGUUUACUUCUGAUCGGUCCAAUUGUAUAUGCCACAGACGUAAGAAACGAUUACAACUUUGACGUUUUGGAGCUCAAUGCAGGGUUUGGUCUGACGAUUGUCGCCGCAAUAUUGGCACUAAUGUGUGGGAUUAUAGCAUGUUUGAUGUAGAUAUACAUUACAUAUAACUACGAAGCCACAACCAUGAAAAUGUCACAUAAUGAAGUGCUAAGUAUAUGCAAUACAUUCGCUCAACACUUGCCUUGAAUUGAUCAAAAUUUGAUUUUUUAUGAAUUUGUUCGCACUAGUAUCAGCGCAGAUAUGUGGAAUUUUCAAAUCUGCUGUCCCUUGCCCCCAUAAGACAUGAGAAGUAACACAGUGUAGAAAUAAGGUCGGUAAUUCGGUCGAAAAUGUACUUUCGUGGUGUAGUCGAAAGAAGUCCACAAAAAAAUAAAUGAUAAUUUUCCCAAUUUUCCAAUCCAAUCUUCAAAUGAUUAGCCAACAACUCUCCGGCGACUUGAUGCUUUGCAUCAAAAUUUUACUUGUAUCACAUGAUACACUUAUCACUUUUUCGUGUGGCAUUUGCAGUUGAUUUUUAAUAUAAAUUGAAUAAAAUAUCGGUUUCAGGACA